AUGCCCUGGAUGCAUUGCUCCACGCCGUGCUGGCUGGUGCAGUACUGCCAGUGCGCCGACUGGCGCGCAGGGUCCGCGUCGCCGGGCGUGGCACGGGUGGCUCGAGAGGCGCGGCUGUCGGUCAACCCCGCGGCGCAUGGGCGCCGCGGAAGCUGCUCGACAGGCUGCGGGCAUCGCUGCGGCAAAAAGCACCCGCCCUCUGCUUUGCUUUCGCCCGCGUUUUACAACAACUUUCGACGGAACGGGGCGCCCAACACGUGCCCGGAUUACUGUGCCUUCCCCGGGUGCAGCCUUUCGGUUCGUGAAGGGUCGCCACUACCGGGAGGCGGCGAGGCGAAAUCAGACUCGGUCGAGAGACCCCAGAUUGGCAUCCAUGCCUCUCUGGACAGGGUGGCCCGCCACAACGACCCCUGGAAUUGCGACUCGCCGCUUUCCUCCCGCUGGUGA